ACUGGAGCUGUGUGUACAUCCGCGCGGCUGGGGGAAGAAAGUAGUGCGCGGAGUGAGGAGGAAUCGUAUGAGUGUUAUUUUCAGCUCGCGCUUUUCAUCGUAAAACAAAACAAAAAACACACAGAAUUCUAAACUCGUCGGAGGUUUCGGGGAGAAAACGUGAUAUAAAAGUUGUGAAUCUUUUUCCAGAUGUCUCUGGUGGAUCUGGGGAAGAAGUUGCUGGAGGCGGCUCGCUCUGGACAGGAUGACGAGGUUCGGAUCCUCAUGGCUAACGGAGCUCCGUUCACCACAGACUGGCUGGGCACAUCGCCACUCCACCUCUCAGCUCAGUACGGUCACUAUUCAACCACCGAAGUGCUGCUGCGCGCCGGCGUCAGCCGAGACGCUCGCACCAAAGUGGACCGAACACCUCUGCACAUGGCUGCUUCGGAAGGCCACGCCUCCAUCGUAGAGGUGCUGCUGCAGCACGGUGCUGACGUGAAUGCUAAGGACAUGUUGAAGAUGACGGCUCUGCACUGGGCGGUUGAACAUGGACACGGUGACGUGGUGGCGCUGCUGCUGAGGUUUGGCGCUGACGUUCACGCUCAGAGUAAAUUCGGCAAAACGGCGCUUGAUAUUGCGCUCGACAACAACAAUGAGGACCUGGCGGAAAUCCUGCAGGUGGCGAUGCAGAACCAAAUCAACACAAACCCCGAGAGUCCCGACAUGCUGACCAUCCACACUGCAUCUCCUCAGUUCAUCAUCGGCCCGGGGGGCGUGGUCAACCUGACCGGCCUCAUCUCACCCUCGAACACUGCUAAACCUGCAGGUACACACACACACACACACACACACACACACCUCAUCUCACCCUGUAACACUGCUAAACCUGCAGGUACACACACACACACACACACACACACACACACACACACACACCUCAUCUCACCCUCGAACACUGCUAAACCUGCAGUGAUGGCCACAGAGGAGGUGGUGACUGCAGACUCUGUCGAUGGCGCUAUCCAACAGGUCAUGACCUCUGGAGGUCAGCAGGUCAUCACCAUAGUAACCGACGGCAUUCAGCUGGGAAACCUGCAAGGGGGCGGAGCCAUCAACCAGCCCAUUAUAGUCACCAUGCCUGACGGGCAGCAAGUGUUGACAGUUCCAGCCACAGAUGUAGCAGAGGAAACGGUGGUGAGUGACGAACCAUCACUGAAGCGAGCGAGACUGGAAGUGGAAGAAGAGGAGGAAGAGGAGGAGAACACCACCACACACACACACGAGACCAAGGAGAAGGUGGCGUUGUUGAAGCAGUUGGAGGAGGCGAACAGAGAAGCGCAGAAAUACAGACAGCAGUUCCUGAAGAAGGAGCAGGAAGCUGAGGCGUACCGCCAAAAACUGGAGGCCAUCACACGCCAAGGGGGGAAGAAACCGGCGUGACACACAUAUACACGCACACACACACACACACACACACACAUACACACACACACACACACACACAUAUAAAAAGCUUGUGUCAUAACCGGUUACAAAACUCACCAAGAUGAUAUUCUUAUCCGGAACACUUCAAAAUAUCAUCCCGUCCACUACAUCCCAUCCCUAGAGAUGUAGCAUUCCCUGCUAAAUGAAACACGCCCCAUUCAGAACACACUUACCUUUUUAGGCUCCCUAUUUUGGUAUUAUUUAAGACAAUACCCUAAUUCUUAAUUCGUAAAGUUUCAUAUUGGCACAUGGCCUCUGCGCGUGCACACACACACACACACACACACACACACACACACACACGCACACACGCCUGAUUUCUAAGAGACUCUUUCUCACACACACUAAUGUGUUUUUUUUGCAUUUUUAACAGACAUUUGUUUACCAACCCACGUCAUCAUCCAUCGGUCAGAACCCUGCGCCCUGUUCCCUACCUAGUGCACUUCUUUUGGGAGAAAAAGCAUUAAUAUUGAGUGCACUUGUGAAAUCCCACAAUGCAUUGCAGCAUGUUAGCAUCCAAGCCCUGUGUACAGAAUACUCUAAAUGGGGUGUGGAGGCUAUAGGGAUUAAGGAAUAGGGCACCCUUGUGUGUUUUCUUUUCCACCCAGCUGUGAUUACGUGAACGUCGAGUUUGUUUCUAAAUAAAACCUGAAUCUGAUGACGUGAUGACGUGAUGACGUGGCUUGUGUGGAAUAAACGGCACUGUAGCGAGGGUGUGUUUCACUCUCUC